AUGACUCGCCCUAAACCUAAAAAACGGAACCGAAGGAAAAUAGGAGCAAGGGCCUACAAAAACUAUUCUGAAGAAAUGCUCACUCUUGCAGUUGAAAUGGUCCGUAACAAAAAUGUGUCAUCUUAUGACGCAGAAAAACAAUUUGGAAUACCACGUCGUACCAUAGAAAAAAGGGCAAAAAACUUACACACUAACAAACCUGGUCCACGGUACCGAUUUACAGAGGAAGAAGAGCUCCAAUUUGUAAAAGUGUUUAUUGUUGCAUCUGAAUUUGGAUGUCCAUUGACACAGUUGGAUUUCCGUAUUUCCGAUUCCGAUUGUAUUUGA